GGCGUAAGUAGUUGCAGUAACGUCAAAAUUACUAAUUGUGGACAAAUGCAUGCCUAGUGUGGAAGCCAAACAUUUGAUUAACAAACUUUUCCCGCUCCCUCGUCGCCCUUCGAGAAGAAAAACUGUCACACCAGUGCGAUGUCUCACACCAUAACAAAACAAAGUUGAUGGAAAAUUUGGGAAAUUAGAAAAUGGGUUGCAACACUAGCAAAGAGACUGUGCCACCAGAAGAAGAGAAUAGGGAACAAAAAGAAAAUGAAAAAGACACAAGUGAGAGAAAAGAGGACACGAAGCCAGAAUCUGCCAAAACUGUGACUCUCUCCAACGGUGGUGUCCUAGUCUCUAACUCACUCACUCAAGAUUCAGAUCUUGAAGACGCAGCUGUGAAAAUACAAGCGGCUUUUCGCGGUCACCAAACAAGAAAAAAUAUGAAACAACCCGGAAAACAUGAGGAGACUGAACCCACUCAACAGGAACUUGAAGCGGAAUUCAGAUCCGACGAUCACGAACUGUGUCACGCCGCCACGAAGAUCCAGGCUUCUUUUAGAGGGCAUAUGAUAAGAAAACAAAUGGAGAAAAAGGAAGAUGAGACAGAUCCCUCCCAACCCAAGAAAAAUGAGGAGGAAGAACUAGACAUAGAUCUUUCAGACCCGGACUUAAAUAAAGCCGCUGUGAAAAUACAAGCUUCGUUCAGGGGUCACAUGGUUCGUAAGGAAAAUGAAAAUGAACCAAGUAACUAAACGAGAACCACAACCGUUGAUAUAUUUGUUCGUGUUUGUUGAAAUUGAAACUAUACAAAUUUAUCUAUUUUGAAGCGUUAUUAUGACAAAUGUUAUUUAAAACCACGUAAGACGACGGAAAUUAUAUUUAUUAGGUAUUUUAGAAGUAAUACAAUUCUCCUUGCAUUGUAGAAUACCUUUGAUUUGUGACAUACCUCAGAACUCGAUAAUUAACUAAUUAAUAAUUAACCAAUGCAUUUCAGGGUUUUAAUUAUUACAAGUGAGAUUUCAGUUAGAAAUAUGAACAAACACAAUCAAUCCAUCUUCGAUGUCGACAGAAAACUAUUAUAAAAUGUUAAGAAUAAGUUCAACUGAAAUAAUUCUCUCUAAAAAAAAAAAUAACUUGAAAAUGUGUCACUUUUUCUAGUUCGGAAGAUCUAAGAUACUUCAUCUUGUAUUCACAAAAAAACUAAAAAUUUAAUUUUAAUAUGGAAAUUAUUUGUUUCAAAUUGUUCUUUUAAAAAAUUCGACAGUUUCAAUUUUUAUUACUGCGUUGGCAAAAGUGAAAUUUACAAAUUCAGUGAUCAAUUUGAAAAAAUUAAAUAUAAUUGCAAUUAUAAGUCUCAAAUUUGAGUGCCUAUAACACUAUAAUCAAUGUAUAUUGUAUUUUAAGAAUGCAUACAGGAUGCGCCAAAACUCGCGCCCCAGAGAAAAAUGUUAAAAAAAUUCUAUCUAUAAAAAUUUCGAAGUUAUGAGAGUGACUCUAUUUAUUUUUGCAUCAUUUCUAAAUAAUUAUAAUAAAAAG